AUCAGAUGAUGAUGAGCUCGGGUCACCAGCUGCAGUCGGUCUCAGGUGUGGUCGAAACUCUGACCGGUCCGCAGUCCCAGUCUGCGGCGUCCUUCCGUGGACAUGAGCCGCCGCCCGAGCACCGGCGUUACCGCACAUCAGCGACUCCACAGUGAGGCUCCGUGACAGUUUGUCCGGGGAGAAACGGAAGUUCUCCGGCGUCGUAAGUCGUUGAGUGUCGCCCAGGCCAGGACCGGGCCCUCACUCCGACUCACCAGACUGCGUUCAAAAAACCUGUGGGUUUGGACGGUUUCUCGGUCUCCGCCGAGAACCGCCGCAGGUCUUACGAACACACGCGGACGUGUUCGAGGCCUGUCGUGACUUGUGGAUUUCUCCGGCUGAAGCAAUUUCCCCUGAACGUGACGACAUUUCCACGCACGGUUUGAUUCUCCUGCUCGUGGAUGAGCUCUCGGCGCUCACUCACACACACACACACACACACACACGACCGUUGGGAGCAUCUGUUCUUCUUCACGUGCAAACGAUUCCUGAUUCGAGCAGCGACCCCUGAACCUUGUUGAGGACAAAAGCAGAGAUGAACUCAAAGAGACGUCAGCAGACGCCGCUGGACUUCCUGUGAAAAGAGGAACGUUGUAGUUUCUCACUUCUUUCACAAAACAGGGAUGGAGAAGUGAAGGCGUCCACGGCCAGAAGUGGGUGUUCAGUCCUUGGGUUGCCACAGCGACCACCGCUCAUCGCCACGGAGCCUCGGACAGUCCGAGGUCCACGCCGCGCCGGGAACGAGGUGUCACAGCCGCGGGGUCCGCGCCGAGGGCAAAGGUCACAUUGACAAAGUCGUUAAGAGAUGCUCCUCCUGCCUGUGAUCUGUGCCGCUCUGACAUCGUAGCGUUCAGAAGGAGAAUCGUCCGAGGGAACGUGAGCGAUGGCCGGGAAAGACUACAAUCAUCUGUUUAAACUGCUCAUCAUUGGAGACUCAAAUGUGGGGAAGAGCAGCCUCCUGCUCCGCUUCGCUGACAGCUCCUUCUCCGGCAGCUACAUCACGACCAUCGGCGUGGACUUUAAGAUCAGAACAGUUGACAUAGAUGGAGAGCGUGUGAAGCUGCAGAUCUGGGACACAGCGGGUCAGGAGCGCUUCAGAACCAUCACGUCCACAUACUACAGAAACACACACGGCGUCAUCGUCGUGUACGAUGUGACGAAUCCAGAGUCGUUUGUGAACGUGAAGAGGUGGUUGAACGAAAUCUCACAGAACUGUGACAACGUCUGCAAGAUCCUGGUGGGAAACAAGAACGACGACCCGAGCAGGAAGCAGGUGGAUACCCAGGAUGCAAUGCGUUUUGGGGAGUCGGUGGGUGUUCGCGUCUUUGAGACCAGUGCCAAAGAGAACAUCAAUGUGGAAGAGAUGUUCAUGACCUUCACCCGCAUGGUUCUGCGGGCCAAGAAGCAGAGUCAGAACCGAGCGGAGCGGGAACGCGAGCGGGAGAAGGACACGGUCAACAUCAACGCACAGAGAGACCGAGAGCGGCGGAAGAGAGGGAAGAAAUGCUGCUGAGUCACGGCGGCGCGGAGAAGACGCCGCUCCACACUCGCAUGGACGCCUACAGGUGAAACGGCGUCACUGCAGGUCGUUGUCGGACCUGAAUGUGUCGGCACACGUGGCAGCCUGCAGGUUACACCACUUAAAGGACCAUUCACGGGUUUUUGUUUGGUUUGAAGGUCCAGUGUGUGACAUUCAGGAGGAAACUUCCCAGAAACUGUCAUGGUUUAAGUGAAGAAACACUUAAUAAUGAAAUUAAAAAAAAGCUCCUUCUGAGGACGACUUUUUAAAAAAAGUACGCCAUCGUGUGCCUCCGUGUUUCUCCAGGAGUCAGAGCAAAGGUUUGAGGAGGACGACAACGUUCUUUCUGGACUGUGAAGGCCACCGUAGUUCAGAUGCACUGGAGAGGAGGAGAGGAAGAGAAAGGACGUGUGUGUGUGUUGCAGUCUGCAGACUCGCCAUUAGAUGUCACUAAUUCUAACACACUGGACCUUUAAAUCUGUAAUAUUUCACAUUUGUGAUGCAUUUAAAAAGCCUGAGGAUGGAGAAGGCCACAGAUGUCUAAUGAUGAUUUUAUUAAUAUUAUUAACCUCAUGAUCGAUCGCCUAUUUUGAUUUAUGAAAUGUCUGUAAAAAUAAAAACGUGCACAUUAAGAGCUUCCUAUCUCCACCUGUGGUGUCAUCGAGGCGUGUGUUCACUCUGGUGACGCAACAUUCACCGAUUACUUGGUUAAUCGUCAACUAUUUUUAUAAUCUGUUCGUUGUUGUUUUUUUUAAGUAAUUAAAUUAAAACAAGAUUUUUCAUCUA